AUGGACGCCUCCUCCCUCCGCAUCUCCAAGUUCGAUGGAACUAACUUCCACGCCUGGAAGUUCAAGAUGCAGAUGUUGCUGGAGGAACGGGACCUAUGGGAGGUCGUCAGCGGUGAGAUCAAGGCGGAACAGUGCGAGACUCAGUUGGACCAAGCGACGUACAAGAGGAAGUCAAGAAAGGCAAUGGCAGUGAUCUGUCUAGCCAUGGAAGAUUCCCAGCUACCGUUGGUCCGGUCGGCAAGUGGUGCAUGCGACGCAUGGUCAAGGUUGGAAGACCACUUCGAGAAGAAGAGUCUUGCCAACAAGCUGUUCUUGCGCCGUCGCUUCUUCACGACAAUGAUGGAAGAAGGCGACGAUGUGCUCGAACACAUCAACAAGCUCAAGACGCUGGCGGAACAGCUAGAAGCGGUGGGGGCUCCAGUCUGCGAGGACGAUCUGGUGAUCACACUCCUCGGCAGCCUGAGUGACUCGUAUCAAUUCUUGAUCACAGCUUUGGAGUCGCGCUCAGACACUCUUAGCUGGGAGCUCGUGACGUCUCGACUGCUUCAUGAAGAAAUGAAGCGGAAGGAGCAAGGAAGUAAAGGUGAUGAAGCUUCGCAAGGUCAAGCGUUCAUCACGAGGGACAAUCAGCGCAAAGGGCGACCAGUGAAGAAGUCCUGGCCGUGCCACAAUUGCGGAAAGAUUGGUCACUGGAUGGCGGAGUGCCCCUCGCGCAUCCAAGAAAACACGGAGAGACACCGGCCACAGCGUGCUCAAGACAGCGGCGACCGCUAUCGAUCACAACGUGCAAACGUCGCUCAAGAAGAAGACUCGGGCGACUACCUCUUUUCGAUCGGUGAAACGACAUCUGCGAAAUCGAGCGACAUCUGGCUGGUCGACUCCGGGGCGACGCAGCACAUGACGUGCUCCAAGAAGUUCAUGCGGAACUACAAGGGGUUUGACGCUGUGGAUGUCCAUCUCGCGGAUGAUGGAAUCGUCCAAGCAAUCGGCAGUGGGGACAUUGUCAUGUCGAUGAAGACACCCCAAGGGAUGAAGAAAGGUGUGCUCACAAACGUGUGGCACAUCCCAAAGUUAUCCAGAAACCUGUUCUCGGUCGGCCGCUUCACCAAGGAUGUCGGCCCAGUGACGUUCACGAAGGAUGGGUGCUAUGGAGAAGCGAAAGGGACCAAGUGGAAAAUUGGUGCCCGUGAAGGUAAAGGACUGUUCAAGCUGCAAAUGACUCCAGUGGCGCCGGAACAAGCAAAUGCAGCCAAGUCGUCGGGAUGUCAAGGGGGCACCAAGUCGUACCUCUGGCACCUUCGGCUUGGCCACAUAGGUCACGAUGGACUCAAUUGCAUCGUGACGAAGAACAUUGGAAUUGGCAUCGACAUAUCUUCGGUGAAGAAGUGGGACGUGUGUGAAGGUUGUGCUCUGGGAAAACAGACUCGAGUGCGCUUCCAAUCAAACACUACAGCUCGCACCUCCAAACUCCUCGAAGUGAUUCACAGCGACGUAUGCGGACCGAUGUCGAUGGCAACUUUCAGUGGAAAACGGUACUUCGUGACAUUCAUUGAUGACAAGUCAAGAUACUGUGUCGUCUAUCUGCUCAAGAGCAAAUCUGAAGUUGCGGCGAAGUUCAUGGAAUACGCUGCGAUGGCCGAAACGCAAACCGGAAAGCGCGUGAAGUACCUUCAAAGCGACAAUGGGGGUGAAUACAAGUCCGACAAGCUGGCACGAUUCUGCGCGGAACGGGGAAUACAACAAAGGUUCACACCCCCAUAUACUCCUCAGCUAAACGGAGUAGCUGAGAGAAUGAAUCGCACGCUGGUCGAGUGUGCGCGUUGCAUGAUGGAACACGCUGGACUGGGAAAGAGCUACUGGGGUGAAGCAGUGAUGACGGCGAUGUUUCUUCGAAACCGCUGUCCAACACGUGUCAUUCACCAAGACAAGUCUCCAUAUCAAGUGUGGACGAUGAAGAAACCGAUUCUGGCCAACCUUAAAGUGUUUGGAUGCCACGCGUAUGUUCAAGUGCCUCAAGACAAACGCACGAAGUUCGACUCCAAGUCAUCACUCUGUCGUUUCCUGGGAUACGCCGAGCACCAGAAGUCAUAUCGAUUUGAGGAAGUGUCAACAGGAGCGAUCAAGAUCAGUCGCGAUGCCACAUUCAUGGAAGACAAGUUUGAUGAAGGUCCGCGCAACUACAACGAUGAGUCAAGUGUCGUUGAGUUUGAUGAUCAUGAUGAGGACGAAGAAAAAGAAGAAGGUAAAACUGACGACGACAUGGACUCGAGCGACGAUGACAACGAAGACACCAGGUCUUCGAAGAGCACCAUCAAGAGACACACGCGCAAUCAAUCACUUGAGAAAGCUACCGUCAUUCCAAGUCCCAAGCGAAGAACAUACAGAGGUCAGUCGCUUGAGCAUGUGUCAGCGGCUGCAAUGGAUUUUGAAGCAGCCUACAUCGUUGAUUCAGUGGGGGAAACGCCGACUACAUUCAAGUCGGCGAUGGAAUCAAGCGACUCCGGCAAGUGGAAAGAAGCGUGUGACUCGGAGUUCGAUUCGCUUCAGAGAAACGACACGUGGGAAAUCGUGCCUCUUCCGAAAGGUCGCAAGGCCAUCGGGUGCCGAUGGGUUUUUCGUGUAAAGGAGAAUCAAGAUGGCGAAGUUGAACGUUUCAAGGCAAGACUUGUGGCCAAAGGAUUCUCACAGAAAUUCGGAGUUGACUAUGAAGAAACUUUCGCACCGGUGGCCAAGUUCACAUCGAUUCGUGUGGUGCUCAGUAUGGCGGCUAAGUACGGCCCUAAUGCUACAUCAGAUGGACGUCAAGACAGCGUUUCUUAA